CAGCGCUUAACUGGAAGCGGCGUCAACAGCUUUCUCGUACUGUCGGCUACUUCCGCGUUUAUUCAGUUAGGUCAUUUGCGGCUAAAUAUAUUGCGAUCGGUGUGUUUAUUUUCUUUCCGCAGUACUGCACCACCACGGUUAUGGAUAUACAGGCAUAAGGAUAUAUUUUGUAGCAACCAAAUUUGGCAAUGGAAUUUAACCAUGCAAUAGGCUAAAUCAGUUCAGGAUAUUUUUUUAUCCGUUAAGGCGAAGUGCACUUGCUAGUAAAUAAAUAAUUUGGAAUUAUACUGCUAUUACGCUGUAGCCUAACCGAUUGGUCGCCUAAAAGCCUACUGCUGCCACGGGAGCAGGUAAAACACCCUUACGCAUCUACUGGACCCGCUCUCUACUGGAAGUAGCCAAAGCGGCAAAAUCAAGUGGUCAUGAUUAGUGAAACGAGAAGAAAAAUUUCAAAAUUUGUUCUUCAGAUAGCAUGUCAGUUAAUAUGGUUCGCCGGACUGGUCCUGGGCCUGUGCGGCGUGUACCUCCUGCUGAACUUCAAGCGCAAUGGCCUCUUCUUCCUCGACGUCUACAUCACUCUCCCGGCUGUGGUGGCACUGGCGUGCGCGGUCGCCCUGUUCGCUAGCGGGGUCUUCGGCUGCUGGGUGUCCGUCAGGGAUUCCUCCACCUGUCUACAGGCUCUGUUUGCGUACCUGCUCAUCAUCGUAUUUUGUCUCGAGGCUACAGCUGCAGCAUUGGCUUUUGUAAACAUAGGAAAGAUCGGUGCAGAACUUACACCACUCCAGAAUAUAUUUCAGAAUUACAGUGGAAGCAAUCAAGAUCCUGCUUCUAGGGCUGUGGACUCCAUACAAGAACAGAUGCAGUGCUGUGGGGUAUGGGAUUACACGGACUGGGAGACUACGCCCUGGUUUAAACACACUGGGAAAUUCAGUGUGCCACAGAGCUGCUGCAACUCUACCUUCCAUGCCUGCAACGGCAGUGUGUCCCAACCAUUCAUGCUCUAUCCCCAGGGUUGCCGGGAGAGAUUGGAGGAUGGCAUUAGCUUUAUUCUACAUCUUAUCAUAUAUUACGUUGUAGCAGCAACUUUGGUACAGAUUGUAGGCCUGGUCAGCGUGGCCCAACUGAUGAAACAGCAACCUCGACGGGAGUAUCAGAUCCUUGACAAGGACAGGAUAAAUUAGAUAAACAUUAUCAUCACUUCAGGAAUCCUGAAAUGUGUUUCUACAUUAGUCUUGUAAACUCAUCUGUCCAAGCUUUCCGGUGUAAAUUACAUCACAUUCCCAUUGCCUAUUGUCUUGCGACCAAAAUCAGGAUUGGAAUGAGACAUAUUUAAGACCCUGUAUGGUUAAAAAAGAUAUUGAAAAUGUACAUACGAAAACGCACAAACACAAGAUGGAAGUUGCAACUGUAGAUUAGAUAUGUGAAUAUUAUUAUUGCCUCAUAUUUUCACCCACUGGGUUGUGUUUUAAGUUGAUUAUACAUUCAGUUAAGAAGUACUGAAGUAUCUCUUACCUGAGUGUUUAGAAAGUUAUUUGAAGUAGCAAGAGCUAUGCUAAUGUUGUAUUUGCUCCUCACAAGCUGUUGGGAUAAAUGGGUAUAUUUGUUUCAAUGAGAACAGUAUGCAAUAAAUGGAAACUGCCUUUUUCUAAAAUAUAUAACCUACUGUGUCAUAUGAACCCACUAAGAUGGCUGCUUAGUACAGUAUAUUUAUGUAGAACUAUUUUUGGGUUGAUGUUGGAGAAUCCUCCAAAUUUUCACCAAUAAGCCAGAGGUGUUUUCUAUAUAUAUCUACUUCUGCCAUGCUAAGAUUUUUGAAAUCCUUCCUGCUUGAUCUUAAGACACUGUUUCUUAUCUUUGCAUAAGUCUUAAUAUUACCGCAAAGCUUCACACUAACAUAGAAAACGGUGUGAUGUUGUCUUCUGUUUUUGGUUUUCCUCCGUGAUUAAAUACUUUUUAAAUAUA